AUGGCCUCCAAAUGCCAAUCGUAUCAUGUACUUUUCACCCGGAAGACGAGCCAGACGGUUCGCACCGGUGUCGAGCUUGAAGACAGCAAAAUGCAGUACAUAUAUGGCUACAUUGACUGCAUAUUGUGUAGCGCGAUCAACAACGCAAUCCAUCGAGAGCCAGAGUUGCAUCAGCAGCUCGAUGACCGGGCUGUCUACGUCCCAGAUUUCCAGUUACAAGAGGCUCUUCGCUGGGCAGUGGCGGACGUGGCAGGAGUCAUGGAGGAGCAAGUGGUAGUUUCCACGGAGGACAUGUUUGCACCUUGCGGGCGUGGACUUCAACAAGCUGCCUUUAAUGUCUCGGAGGUUGUGACCAGCUACGAGAUUCGCAUUCCAAGUUCUGUGGAAGGGGAGGAGAAAUCCGUAGAGAUCGCGGAGCAGGUGCGAGCUGCUCUUGACGCUGCGACGAAAACGGGGCUUGCAGCAAAGAUCAAAGAGGCUUUCCUCCUGCAGUCCGAGUUGGCUGAAGUGGCCGUUGCGGUGUCCAUACUGGGCGAGCCUCUCUUGGAGGUGCUGCAGACUACUUUCGCAGAGGUCCCACCUGCCACAGAAUCGAAGUAUCCGAGCCUUGUGCCAGAGGCUGUGACCAUUAGCAGUGCAAGCGCAUCAAUUCUGGCUAUCAUGGUGCUCAUACUUUACUGGCGCCAAAGCAGCAAGCACCCGACAUCUGUCGGAGAAAGCAGCUCAGUGUCAUUUGUUGGUGUCACGCCAGCAGACGCUGACGCAAUGUCGCCGCAGUUUAAGGAGGAUGUCAUGUUGAGUUCCAUUGACAUCUUUGAUGAGCAAAUGCCAGCAGCUAGCCAGCAGAGCUUUCCGCUGUCCAGCAAGAGCUUUCCGACUCAGAAGGCUCAGCCAGAGAGCGGCAAACAGGUGCCCUCUCCCCGCCCCACGCGGCGCAAAGUCUGGCGAGCAGUUCCGAUUCCGCGCGAUGGCGGGGAGAAGGAGGAGGAGGAACCGCGGCGAGGCCGUGCCAAGCGCAAGGCGCGGCGGGCCUCGCCCCAAUCCGGCCGCGCACAACCAACGGAGCUGCAUGGUAUAGUGGUGGAGGACCCACAGGUGCAUCACUGCGCAGAAGGCAUCUCUCCCGGAGAUCACGAAGCUUGA